UUCCCUUCUGUAACCAGGAAAACGAGUACUUUUGAGUUUUGAGGCAUAGUGUAGUCGCUGUUUCCUCUGGUUUCACAUUUGCACAGGAAAAAAGAGAGUACCAACUCCCCAAAAAGAAAAAGAAAAAGAAAAACUGAACAGCCCUGAAUCCAAUCAAUAAAAGCCUACAAAGCCUGAUCUCACUUCACAAGAAUGGAAUAUACCAUUGCUUAUUAUUAGCUGUUUCGCUCUUCUUUUAUAUUUUUUCUUGGCAAAUCUUAUGAUUUACAACACCAUGUAAUGCUUCUUGAAAUUUCAAAAACAAGAUACACACAACAAGAACGAAGAACGAAGAGCUAGUUUAUAUUUAAUGAAAAAAAGAGAGAAAAAAAUAUGAGUGUUUCUUUGACUGUGAUGACCUUUAAUCUUCAUGAAGAUCAGGCUGAAGAUAGUCCAAAUUCAUGGGAGAAGCGGAAGGAUUUGUGUAUUAGUGUCAUCACUAACUACUCUCCUAUGAUUCUUUGUACUCAACAAGGUGUGAAAACGCAGUUGGAUUAUCUUCAGCAGUGCUUGCCAGGUUAUGGUCAAUUUGGGAUAUCAAGAAAAGGUUCUCAAGAUGCUUCAGAUGAGCACUGCACUAUCUUCUAUGACAAGGAAAAAGUAGAGCUGCUAGAAGGUGGAACUUUUUGGCUAUCAGAGUCGCCUUCUGUCCCAGGAAGCUUGUCAUGGGGUGCUGCAGCUCCAUGCAUUGCAACAUGGGCUACAUUCCAAUUGAAAGGGAUCGAGCCCCCAGGAUUUUCAUUUCAAAUAGUGAAUACAAACAUGGAUGAGUUCAGUCCUCGUGCACGUAGACGAAGUGCUUUACUCACGUGGCAACACAUUGCAUCCUUACCCCCUAGCUUACCAGUUGUGUACUGUGGAGGAUUUAACACACAGAAGGAAUCGACUACAGGACGUUUUCUUCUUGGUAGAUCAAGAGAGCAUGGUGUAGUGGGAGAUAUGAGGGAUACAUGGCCCAAUGCUCGAGUGAGGAAAAACCAUUCCCUCAUACACACUUAUCACGGUUUCAAAGGUGACAAGCAAGGAGCUCUUGAAUUCUUCAAGUUGAUCUUGAGGGCACUCUGCCUCUGCUGGGACCGUCAAACACAGGAUCUGCAUGUAGAUUGGAUUCUUUUCAGGGGUAGAUCUUUGAUUCCUGUCCUGUGCGAAGUGGUGAAUGAUAAUAUAGAUGGGAAUUAUCCUUCAUCACACUACCCUAUAUUCGCCGAGUUUAUGCUUCCUCGUUCCGUGAGACUGCUUGAACCACCUCCUACUCAAGAAGAAAAUCCAGUUGCUGUCUGAUUUGAAGUUAACCAUUUCGCUCCUCUUCCUCGUUGUUCUUUCCAAUUAAACACUAAGAGUAUCGACUAUCAUUCAUUGAUUCCAGCGAGAAUUUAGCUACCUAUUUCAAGCACAACAUUUCUUUUUUUCUGGCCAUACCAGGAUAUUCUAGUGAUUUUCUUUUUAUUGUAUCCAAAAGCCACUGUAGUUUUUUCGUGUGAGGAUAAUUUAUUAACAGUCCUUUGCAUGGGACUGCUACUUUCUCCA